AUGCGGAGCUCACAUCUGCGCGCAAGCUGCGCGACGCAGCUGCGCUUCUCAACCUCGCGAGUGAUACCGCGCAGGCAUCCUGCUAAUGCUUCUUUGCGUCAUAAUCCUCUCAGAGAAAAUCGAGUUUCUCACUCGAGUUCUCUUCCCAAGCGGCGCCUUUCUGCUUGGACGCAUGCGCGCGCCGGCGGCCUGUCUCAGCCCGAAUCUGCCGGUCUUUCAUCAUUGAUUCCUUCCUCGUCCUCUUCCCCCUCUUCUUCUCUCUGCCUUGUCUCCGCUAUCUCUCCGCGGCGUCGUGUGCGGCGCGCCGCUUGCCCUGUGUCUCCUUCUGCGUCUUUGCCUUUCUUGUCUUCGGUGCUUUCAUGUCGCCGCUUUUCCUCGAACGCCUUCUCAGCCUACCGCGGGUCGCCGGUGCUGCACCUGCGCGGCGUGCUGGCUGCGCGGCAAUUUCUCCCCAGAGACGAAGUGGACGCAGAGCAGCAAGACGCCUUGCGCGAGAAAGACACCCUAGAGGCGAAAGGCGCUCCAUCCGUCGCAGGCAAAGGAGACGCGACUGAGAGACCGCCGGCGUGUCCGGAGUCUCCUGCGUGGCGCCGGGGGCGCGGAGUCGCAGAGGGAACUCGCCCGCAUCAGCCUGGGCUGGUCCGACCUCUCGAGGAGUGUACGAAGGCGACGAGACGCGCAGUAGGAAAUGGAGGGCGUUCUUCACAGAGCUGCGCUUCGCUGGCCUCUCGCGCGUCCGACGCCGCGAGGCCUGCGGGCUCCUUCUUCAGCGGACGAGACGACGGCGGAUUGUACACAGAGGGGGAGAUCGGCGCGGGCGCGUUCGUCUCAGAGAGGCCGUGGAGUCUGAAAGGCAUUCUUCGAUAUCGCAGCGAAGAUUUUGUGGUUCGCGAAGUCGGGGAGGACGGCAAAGUCUGCGCGCUGGAGCUUGGCAGAAAUGACACUUCGGGGCUGGCGGCUAUCGACGCCCGCCGCGAACACCUCCUCCGUGCUCUCCAGGCGCAUCGCCUGAAGACCGUUUCUUCUCGCCUGCCUUCGUCCUCGCCUCUCGCUUCGUCGUCUUCCUCGGCGGCUCUCUGUCGCGACUCCGACCUUGGACAACACGAGAGAGGCCACAGCCGCCUCUCUGGAUCGGAGGCGCUCAGUCGAGAAGCGAUUGAAAAAGAAGUUGCAGCCGUCUCUUCUGUGCGAUUCAUCCUGACGAAGCACAACCGCGAGACCCCAGAGGCAAUAGAAGUUCUCGCGCGGGCGACGGGCAUUGAUGCGAAGCGUUUUUCUUUCGCUGGGAUGAAAGACCGACGUGCAAUUACCUCGCAGUGGAUCGCCUGCUCCAAUCCGCUGCCGGCGCCGUCCUCGCUACCUCCCGACGCCUCUGUCAAGGCCUCGCAUUCCCCGUCUCCGCCACCGCAGUCCUGCUCAGCGGCAACCGCGGCAGAAGAGUCUCCUCAGUCCUUCACGGCCGCGCCCGCCUCCGCGUCCGCUAAAGAGCCUCGAGGCGCCCCGGGAGGCGAAUCCGCCUCCCGGGGCGCCGAAGCGACCGUCGGAGGGCUCUCGCGGAGGCGCGACUGCGCGCCGGGCUCCCUAGUGCUGCCUGCGUUCCUCGCGCGGUCGACGGAAACGGCUCUUCCCUCCGCGCCUGCCGCUGGCGACACACGCCCCAGAACCCUAAACGCGUCCUUGGCUGCGGGGGAGAGCUGCCCGCAGGCCCGCAGUUCGGCUCAGUCCGCCGGGUCGGCGGACGUCACCGCCUGGGCUGGGACUUCGCAUUCCGCUCGCCCUGGUGGCGUGCCUGUUGAGUCUUCGGCCGCUUCGCCCUCGCGUCCAGCGCCCGCGUCGCCGGAGGCCGCUGCGUCGCAGGGAGACUCCCGGCGGGGGUCGCAGGCGCCGCCGAGUCGCCCAGAGGCUCCGGCGCUGCGGCGCGAGGGCGAACACGCGAGCGAGGUGGUUUUCACUGCGGCGCUCGCCAAAGAAGCGAUGCAACACCCCUCGUGGGACGGAUGUGUGUCGUGGAGUCACUUCGAGCCCGGCGAGGUUCAUCUUGGAUGCCUGGGCGGCAAUCGCUUCUCGAUUCUUCUGCGAGAUUUCUCGAUGGAGCCGCGGAGCGAUGGCGCUCCGUCUCUCCCUUUUUCGCGAUCUUCCAGCGUCGCAGACGCCUCGAGCGACGACUUGGAGAGUUACAGACGCCAGCUUCGCGCUGCGACAAAGGAGGCUGCAAACGCGAUUCAGGAGACAGGCUUCAUCAACUAUUUCGGCCCGCAACGCUUCGGCACUGGCGCGCGGCCUACGCACCACAUCGGCCGCGCGCUCCUCCAUCGCCAGUUCGCGCGCGUCUGCAAUUUGAUCAUGCAAAUUCCCGCAGCCCUGCCAAGCUCGAGACGCGAAAAAAGUCCCCAACACCUCGAGACUGCCGCGCACGCCGGCGGCCCGUGCCCUGAGCCGCUGCCGCCGUCAGCUGCGCCGCUCCCCCCGUCCGCCUCCUCGUCUGCGUCUGCCUCUUCGUCUUUCCCUGUUCCAUCCUCAUCCUCCGCGGCGCCUGUCGCGCCUGCUCUGUCGCCUUCUUCUCCGCGGAGUCAGGGCGGCGGGGCGUUUGCGGCGGCGCAGGAGGCCUUCUGGGCGGGAGAGUUCCGGCGGGCACUUUCGCUGCUGCCUCGCCAGUGCCGGCAGGAGCGUCAGAUCGUUCGCGUGCUCGCCGCGUCGUGGUUGCCAGAGUGGCGGCGGAGGUGCGACGCGGCGCCGGCUGAGUCCGCCGCAGAGGCUGCGGCAGGAUCCGCAACGCCGGACACGCUGGAAGAGGAUUUGGAGUGCGUCGAGGCGGUUGAGAUGGCGGCUGCGUCGGGGGCGGUCUCCGAGAGCCUCGCGCGCCGGACUGCGGCUACGGCGUUGACCCGAGCGCGCGUGCCUGCCAAGCGCGCGAAGUCCCUCGCGCCGCCGUUGUCGGUCUCUGCAGGCGACGGUGCCGGCGCCGGUUCGCCCUUCGCGGACGGGGCGGGCGAGCGCGAGAUGCACGGGGCCGGCCUCGCACGACGCGACGACGUGCUCAAGGCGGUGCGAAGCGUCUCGCGCCUCCAGCGGCUGAUCUACGUGAAGGCCUAUGCGGCCUAUCUGUGGAACCUGUGCGCCUCGGAGCGCGCGAGGCUCUACGGCGUCUCGCGCCCGGUCCUGGGCGAUCUCGUGCUCGAGCGGCCGCAGAGACCCGCAAAAAACGGCGCCGCGCCGUCUGCGGGCUUCUCGCGCGAGGACGGAGGCCGCAUCCGCAUCCUCCAGAGUGAGGAGGAAUGCCGCGAAUUCUCCAUUAACGACGUCGUCCUGCCGCUGAUCGGCGUUGGCAUGCUGUUCCCGCAGAACCAAGUCGGCGACUUUUUGCGAAAUCUGAUGCGCGACGAACGCAUCUCCGAGCGCCUCUAUCGCCGCGAAGAAGAGCUCUUCCUCGACGCCUCCUACCGGCACUUUGUGGCGGUCCCUCGUGACUUCGCCUGCGAGCUCGUCGAGCCGCAGACUUCUUCUCUCGCCGCGACCUCUCCCUCUUCUGGGGCUCCGUCCUACUCUGCAUCGCCUUCCGCUUCCGCUGAUUCCCCGCGCCAGGAGCGCUUCAGCAGCCCCUUCGCCUUGCGGCUCGAGUUCACGUUGCCGCCCGGCGUGUUUGCCUCGUCGCUCAUUCGCGAGUUCACCAGUUCGCCCUUUGAGCAUCCAUUCAAACAGCGCCAGCGCGAGCACCGGGCGCUGCCUGAAGCUCCAGGCGCUUCAGCUGCGUCCUAA